ACAAAAGAAGAGAGCCUGUUGUCUUUCGUUGGUGGAAUUUUGUCAUUAACAUGUCUGCUGGUGUGUUUAAGUGUUUAUAUUUGUUCCCCUAAGCUGCACAAUGUUCCCGGCAAAAACCUUAUGUGCUUGAUGGCAUCCUUGUUCGUUGCGCAAUUGUUACAUUUGAUAGCACCAUUUAUCUUCGAGAUGAAAAACCAAAGUUUAUGCAAGGCCCUAUCAAUUGUAACGCAUUUUGCCUUCCUAGCUGCUUUCUUCUGGAUGAAUGUGAUGUCUUUCGACAUAUUUUUUACAUUUUCAACGGGUUUUACUAAUUUGGGUGAAAGGGGGAGUUCUUCAAAGCGUGUGCGAUUUUACUGGCUCUAUGCUUGGUUGGGUGCUGUUAUGAUAAUUGGGUCUGCAGCCUCAGUUGAGUAUAUUUCGGAUUCAAGUUUUAAACCCGGAUAUGGUGAUGGAGUCUGUUGGAUUUCAAAUAGCAAAGGUCUACUUGUCUUCUUUCUGGUCCCCAUCGCAAUUCUUUUGUUUUCAAAUUUUGUUUUCUUCAUCAUAUCUGCCAUAAGUAUACACACAUCAUCCAAGAAAACUUCCCGGAUUUUGAAGAGAAAGAACACUUGCAAAUUAUUUAUUUACAUAAAACUGUCGGUUGUGAUGGGGCUAACCUGGUGUUUUGGUUUCUUUGCAGCGGUAACCAAUAGUCAAACGUUGUGGUAUUUGUUCAUUUUUUUCAACACUUUACAGGGUUUCUUUAUAGCAACUUUCUUUGGAUGUACGAAAAAGGUUCUCCAAAUCGUCCGAAAUGGCGUCUCUUCAUUUUACUCCAAUACCAGGUCGUUUACUGUUGGAAAAGUUUCAACUCCCAAGCUUGAAAGUGAGGAAGAUGCCCCAGCCGUGUAUGAAACAGUGACAUAUCAGUUCUCUGGGGAGUCUGUCCCCAAGAUACCUGACAAGUGUACCACUGUGUGCUGGUCCGGUGGUGGUUGUGUUGUGUCUGGGUCUACGGAUGAUGGCACUGCGCAUGCGGGGGUUGUGUCUCUGUCCGGCUUAGUCAGGAUCGCUGAUAGUUAUGGAAUGCGGGGAGCAACAGCUUGGUCUGCAGUAAUCCCACCGUUGGUAGGCGGGGUCUUUCCUUGUAGUGUUCCAUUUGCUGACCUGGAAGUUGUGAUGUCCUCUAGUGUGGUGUCCCACGUCCUGGUGCGUCUGUCCACGAUGGUACCUGUCCUGUGA